AUGUCGAGCAUCGCCCAGGUGCUCGUCGAGCGCUAUGUUUCACCUGAAUUCAGGCGCGAAUUCGUUAUCCAUCUAUUCCUCUACGCGGCGCUGUCAUGGGGCUUAGGAAAGGAUGAAUCGCUCGACUGGGAGCUGCUAGCUCUGGGUCCCAAAGGUGCCCUGCCGCCCCCAAAGCCCAUCUUGUGGACUCUGGGGUAUAACAGACUUGCCGUGUUUGCCUUCCUUGCUUUGCUUUGUAUGGCACCACGACUAUGCAUGUCACAUCAGACAAUAAGGGUUCACGGCGGCGACAACUGGUUCAGGUCGAAAGACUGGAUAUCGGGGCUCGUCUGGGUUCUGAUCCAUCACCACUCCAAGAUGCUGUUCCCGCUUUGGGGCCAAUGGACCCUUCAUAUAUACACUUACUUUCACAUAUCGCCCUCACCCCUCUCGCUCGCCGGUUUCGAGUGUUUUCUUCUCUCUAUACUGGGCUAUCUCCUCGCGCUCCCCCCAGCACUGAUAUAUGCCCUCUAUCGAGCGGCUGAUACUUUCAUCCAUCCGCUCAUACGAUCUCGGUCACGGCCAAGCCAUGAUUCAGGAAUUCUCGAAAGCGAACGCGCCUCUGUGCUCUGGUUCUUACGCUUCUAUGUUUUAUUGUUGAUCCCAGAACGACAUUUCCCCAAUUUUUCGGCUGCGUUCGCUCUCUGGUCGAUCUGGGCUUUGAUAUUCUUCGCGGUGGCCUUUUCGCUGUCGCUUGCAUUAUGGUGGAACUCGCAGUUCCCUCCAGAGUCAUCCUGUUCUUCGCAAAUCUCGGGAAUGGCACCGCAAUUUCAAUACACACCGCUAGCCAGCAAGUCGCAUAUUCGAGUGCUCAAAGUGCUGCCCAGUCUUCGAGGGAGCGAAGAAAUAGCAUGCCAGUUACUGCAGGUCGAAUUGCAAGGCUCCCGACCAUCGUAUGAUGCGAUUUCAUACCAUUGGCAAACACCGAGACAAGAACCAUCCAAUGGUGACGAGCCAGAAACCAGAAUCAUCAUGAUCAACGGAUUCCACUACAAAGUAUUCCCAAAUGUACUAUCCAUUCUAAAGGAUGUUCGGAAUCGGGUGUUUCCUAGGUACAUCUGGAUUGAUUCCAUCUGUAUCGACCAGGAUAAUCUUGCCGAGAAGGGGAUCCAAGUGGCGAUGAUGCGGUAUAUAUACGAGGGUAGCUCACAUGUUGUCAUCCAUCUGAUAGAACCCGAGCCACCUCGUCGCGACGUGUUUCAACUUCGCAACAUGGUGUCCAAGCUACGUGACAGCCGCGCGCUGCAAGACUUCUCCUACGACGACAAACCUGGAGAACUUCUCUCUCUCGGAUCUUACAGCGACUGGGCUCACAUGGAGAGCUUCCUUGAUGACCCAUGGUUUGUCAGAGCAUGGAUUGUGCAGGAAGUCGCCGUAGCUAAGCAAGUCCGGCUUAGGCUAAGAGGACAGGAAAUCCAAUGGGGUGAUUUUGUACGCGCUUGUGCUGUGUUAUCGCGGACUGGAACGAGAUGUUACAUCCACUACCGCUACCUCCUGGAGGGCAAGCCACUUCCCACCGAUGCCGUCGUUGGGUCAAGAAUGGCCGGCGUUGAGAGCACCCUCGUGCUUGAUAAUAUGAGGGAGUGGUACGCCUCAGGCCAGCUACUCCCACUCUUGGAUACGAUGAUUCUAUGUCUCAGUUUCAAGUCAACUUGGGAGGUUGAUAAAUUGUAUGCCCUACUCGGUGUCAUUGAUAAAGAGGAUCGGGAUAGCUUGAGAAUCACCCCUAACUACACAAGAGACAAAGAAACCAUUUUCAAAGCCCUUGCCCUUCAAUUGUUGGGGAGAGCUUCUUCAAUCGAUGAACAAUUCCGGAUUCUUCGCUUCGCAGGUAUCGGCCAGGCGAGGAACAUGAGUAGUCUGCCAUCGUGGGCCCCCGAUUGGACGGCUGGGUUGCCGACUUGCCCGUUCGUCAGUCGCGACGAUGAAUUCAACUACAAAGCAUCAACUCGAACGGGGAGUAAAAUGCGUUUCAGACGGCCUAAUGAACAUUCUUCGUCAUCUGAUGGAAUUGAUGAAGGUCUUGGUGCCCUCCUUGAAGUGGAUGGUCAUCUCGUUGACCGCAUCGUACUGCUCUGUGAAGUUUCGGAAACACCACCGCCAGAGAACACGACAGACUUCCCAAUCCGUGAUGCCCUCGCCGCCGUAAUGUCUCACAGUCACGGACGCGAAAUGUAUCGCUCAACUAGCCAGCCAAUCGAAGAAGCGUUCUGGCGGGCUCUCAUCGCAAACCCACAUCUACGCCGUCUGCCAGCAACUCACGAUAUAAUGAAAGCCUGGACCCUGUAUUUUAAGGGUUACGAAGCUGCUCGCGGUGGACUCGGCAAAGCAGAAGCUGUCCCAGGCGCGGCGCAGGACGAUGAGGCAUGGGAUCUGCGACUCAUUUUUAGUGCCAUUUGGUUCUGGCAGGCCGAUGACGAGGACCUGCGCUUUGCGCAUGUGCUUGCGACUGACUUGUCAAGACGGUGGCCUGAGCACCGACAUACGUUGCGAGCUACUAGUAUCCUGAAUCGGCCUUCAGACCACAUGGAGGCUACUGAUGUGCGCAUGUCGGCCGGUCGGCAGUUUUGCGUCACUGAGAAGGGAUACUUUGGACUCGUGCCGCGGCUUGCCGCCGUUAAUGAUAUAGUGGUCCUGUUUGACGGGGCAACGACGCCUCAUGUAGUCCGGUCAUCAGAUUUCAAAACGUACAAUGCUGAGGCAGCAUCCGGGGAUACUGAUUUCCUUUGCAAGCUUGUGGGCGAGUGUUUCAUACAUGAGGGGCGCAUCCUCCCCUUGCCAGCCCGACAAAAUAUUGGCAUGAUGCUCUAUGCUUCGGAUGAGCCCAAAGUCAUUCGAGUCAGCCCUCAUCGGUUGAUCAAAGUAUCCUACAAGCCCCGUGAACUCGAGGCUAUGCAAUACGUCACAGAGCGCACAUCAAUCCCUGUACCAAAGAUUUAUGUUGUGUAUCAUCACGAGGGAUUCCUUUACAUCCAGAUGAAGUUUGUCAGAGGAACAGACCUAGCUAUCGCUCGGAUGAACGAAGGUCCCUUACCCGACAAGCCGAAGGAGUCGAUCAUGGAGGACAUCGGGAAUUAUGUCGCCCAACUCCACGGGGUCGAACCUCCUGAACCUGGGACAGUCUGCUCGACGCUGAGCAAGCCGGUUUAUGACUACCGGAUUAGGCCUCGACCAUUCGGUCCUAUGAGCCAUGAUGAUUUCCAUUCUCUAGCACGGGGUAACUUAGUGAUCGAAAGGUGUGCAAUAGCGUUUGGUGAUGAAGCUACUAAAGUUCAUAUGGGCUCAUACAAGACACGAUUCACCCACGCCGACUUGAUCCCCCGGGAUACAUGGUACGCAACGGCCGGGUUAUCACAUUUAUUGACUGGGCCUUUUCGGGUUGGUAGCCGGAGUAUUAGGGAUUCACCAAGGCCCAUUAUGACUUGUUCCCCUUGGCAGGUUGCUAUGCGGCUUUGUAUGAGGUUCUACCUCGCUAUGAUACAGAGCUCGUGGCCGCGCGGUCGCUUUAGACCAGGUAUGAUGAGCCCGGAAAACCUGGCGGCUAGGAUAUUUGCCGGGAAAUAUUAUUGUCGGACAAGAUGGAACAAUACCUAG